GCGGGUGGGGCGCUGAGGGCGCCGGGGCUCCUCCCGGCCGCGAUGGCGCAGCCGCCGCCUUUCUCCGCGCGGUUCCCGCCGCCGCUGCCGCCGUUCCGCCCGUUCCCGCCGCCCGCCCGGCCCUUCUCCUGCCCCGCCGCCCGCCCGGCGCCCUUCGCGGUGCCGCCUCCUCCUUUCCUCGUCCCGGCGGCGCCGCCCGAUCGCGGCGCGGGGCCGCGGUUCCCGUGCUUCCCGGAGGCCGAGGAGGAGGCGCAGCGGCGCCGGGACGAGCUGUGGCUCUCGCAGUUCCUGUCCCGCCGGCGGCUCCCCUCGCCCCGGCCGCCCUUGCCGGCCCCAGGCAGCCCCGGCGGCGCCCGGGCGCUGGCGGUGUCGGCGCUGGGCCCGGUGUCGCGCCUGGCCGCGCUGUGCCGGGCGCUGAGGCGGCUGGAGGAGCGGCGGGACGAGCCCGGCUGGGCCCGCGCCAGGGAUGAGGCCGAGGAGGCGCUGCGGGAGCUGCGGGAUAUCGUGCGGCCCCUCCGCGAGCCCGGGUUCCGCGAGGCGCUGCGCGGGAGGGCCGAGAGGGCGAGGAAGAGGAGGCUGAGGCUGCAGCGGAGGAAGCGAGAGCGGGAGGCGGCCCGGGAGGAGGAGGCGGCUCGGGCUGCCGAGAGGGAGGCCGAGAUCGACCGGUGGCGGGCCAAGCGCAUCCAGGAGGUGGAGGAGAAGCACCGGGAACAAGAACUUAAGGCUGCUGCAGACAGUGUCUUAUCUGAAGUGAGGAAGAAACAAGCAGACACAAAAAGGAUGAUGGACAUUCUGCGCGCAUUAGAAAAGCUUCGGAAACUGAGAAAAGAGGCUGCUGGCAGGAAAGGUGUUUGUCCACCCCCCUCGGCAGAUGAAGAAUUUGAAACUCAGGUGGAGAGUCUCAAGUCGUUGCUCAAAAAUCGCACAGAGCUGUAUGAAGCAGAGGAGAGAGCAUUAAGAGUUAUGCUGGAGGGAGAACAGGAGGAAGAAAGGAAGAGAGAAAUGGAAAAGAAACAGAAGAAGGAAAGAGAAAAACUCCUACAGCAGAAACUUGAAAUUGAUUCCAAGCUGUUUGGGGAUCCAGAUGAAUUUCCUCUAGCCCAUUUAUUGCAACCCUUCAGAGAAUAUUACUUACAAGCUGAGCAUUCUGUAGCUGCUCUAAUUCAGAUAAGGCAUGAAUGGGAUCGGUACUUGGUGCCAGCUGAUCACCCCGAAGGAAGCUGCAUUCCUCCAGGAUGGGUUCUUCCAAGUCUCCCCACAAAUGACACUUGGGCAACAGCUGUCAGAUAAUUUAGUUGUAAUUACA